AUGUCACCACAGCAACAGAACGAGCUGAGCCGCAGGACGUCGCUCACCGGGGAGUCCAAGCCCAGCACGCAACAUGAAAACAAGAGGGUAAAUUAACAUCAUAGACCAAAUCAUGUGUUUUUACGCACUCAUUCCCGAGAAAUGUGAGGAUUGUUAUACGUUUCCAAACAGUGAAAAUAAAUGUUUGGUCAAGUAGCUUAUUGCAACUGUGUUGUGUUGCGCGCUAUGUGGCCUUUAGCGCACGGGCUCACACGGGGAUUGCCGGUGCUAUGUUCGGACUCACUGUGUUCGCAGGAGGAGGGAGUAAAUCGCUGUUAAACCGACCCCUCAGGUUGUAGACACUGAUCAGAAUAUCCAUAGACAGAUCCAGGAAUUAGGCCUAUGCAACUCAGUUAUUUGCUGAUAACAGCACUACCUGUUGCAUAUCCAUGCGUAUAUGUGCAUUGGUGACAUUUCAAAAGCAUUUCAAUGCUUUGAAACCAUAGAUCUCAUACAGUAAUAAAAUAUGACACCUUUGUUUGAAACCUUAGGCCUAUAUCAUAUAGCCAACUGUAGGUUAUUAUAGGCCAAUGAUCAUUCAGUUGGAAUGUAUAGAUUCCCCCUCCGCAGUCUUCUGAACCAGUAGUUGUGUUGUUUGUGUAAAAGCUAUGGUGUUGUUCUGUAGCCGAGUAUUUCAGUCUCUGGCACCAUUAGAGUGUCUGGCUACGUGGGGACUGGCAGCCGUUUGCAAGAGGCUUUACCCACUGCUCUGCUUUGUGUGGAAAUAGCAGCUAUUCUAUAAGCAAGCCUGCCAUUAAUACCUGGACUGCUUCAGUAAUUGAAUGUUUGAAUAACUAUUUCCUGGCUGGGCCACUCAAGGACAUUCAGACUUGUCCCGAAGCCACUCCUGCGUUGUUUUGGCUGUGUGCUUAGGAUUGUUGUCCUGUUGGAAGGUGAACCUUCGCCCCAGUCUGAGGUCCUGAACACCACGGAGCAGGUUUCCAUCAAGGAUCUCUCAGUACUUGCUCCGUUCAUCUUUCCCUCGAUCCUGACUAGUCCCCCAGUCCCUCAGUCCCUACCACUGAAAACAUCCCCACAGCAUGAUGCUCCCAACCUUAUGCUUCACAGUAGGGAUGGUGCCAGGUUUCCUCCAGACGUGACGCUUGGCAUUCAGGCCAAAUAGUUCAAUCUUAGUUUCAUCUGACCAGAUAAUCUUGUUUCUCAUGGUCUGAGAGUCCUUUAGGUGCAUUUUGACAAACUCCAAGUGGGCUGUCAUGUGCCUUUUACUGAGGAGUGGCUUCCGUCUAGCCACUCUACCAUAAAGGCCUGAUUGGUGGAGUGCUGCAGAGAGGGUUGUCCUUCUGGAAGGUUCUCCCAUCUCCACAGAGGAACUCUAGAGCUCUGUCAGAGUGACCUUCGGGUUCUUGGUCACCUCCCUGACCAAGGCCCUUCUCCCCCAAUUGCUCAGCUUGGCCAGGCAGCCAGCUCUAGGAAGAGUCUUGGUGGUUCCAAACUUCUUCCAUUUAAGAAUGAUGGAGGCCACUGUGUUCUUGGGGACCUUCAAUGCUGUAGAAAUGUUUUUGUACCCUUCAGAUCUGUGCCUCGACACAAUCUUGUCUCGGAGCGCUAUGGACAAUUCCUUCGACCUCAUGGCUUGGUUGUUGCUCUGACAUGCACUGUCAACUGUGGGACCUUAUAUAGACAGGUGUGCGCCUUUCCAAAUCAUGUCCAAUCAAUUGAAUUUACCACAGGUGGACUCCAAUCAAGUUGUAGAAACAUCUCAAGGAUGAUCAAUGGAAACAGGAUGCACCUGAGCUCAAUUUUGAGUCUCAUAGUAAAGGGCCUGAAUACUUAUGUAAAUAAGGUAUUUCUGUUUUUUAUUUGUAAUUCAUUUGCAAAAAAUUUCGAAAUCUGUUUUCUCUUUGUCAUUAUGUGUGUAGAUUGAUGAGGGGGAAAACUGGUUUAAUCAAUUUUAGAAUAAGGCUGUAACGUAACAAAAUGUGGAAAAAGUCAAGGGGUCUGAAUACUUUCCGAAUGUACUGUAUAUUACUGUGUCAUAAUAACUGUCAUUACUAAUGUAGUAUAGAUGCCUUCCUUAUAAUCAGUAGUGACAGCUGAUGUCAUCUUAUGCCAACUGUCCUCCCAGGAUAGGUCCUAACUGUUUAGGUCAGCAAAUGUGGCUGCUGACCAGCAGGCUAGAGAACCCUGAUAGGCUUAACAUAAAUAAUUGUACCGUUGAGGAAACAUGAUUAUGCCUAGUGAUGACACAAACCAUUAUUUGAUGCAAAAGUGAUCUGUACAGUUCAGAAUUGGAUAACAUUUACUUUGAGAUGACCUUGAAAUAGAACAGGCAAUGCUUUACAUUGUUGCCCAAUGUGCCAUGUAGUAACUUUUUAUAACCGACUACUCUGGUAACCUGUUGUAACGCAAUUAAUCAGCUGUACAUUGGUGACCUCAGAUGAGGUAUGACUGACCCCACAGUUGCACACUGGGUUACCUGUAGAAUUCAGAUUGGAAUGACAUCUGAUUUUCCUAUUUCCGUAUUCACUUUAGAUUUUUUUAACCUUAAAAUUAGAGAAUCCACCCUCCAAUCCAAUUUGGACUCCCAGUCCAUUGAAUGAAUGACGAAUGACAUUUAUUGUCCCUCAAAAGGAACGUGUGUGCAGAGCUCCCCACAGGCUAUACCUACAGUACAUUACAGGAGACAUCCCUCACUGAGCGAGAACCCCAGUCCUCUCCUGUCAACACAAUAACCUCCACUGUUAAAUUCACUUCCCUCAGACUGUCUGUUUGGAGGCCAUGCUAGCGCUGACUGCUGACACCAAAGUCGAUGACGAACGAUCGCAUACAUCUACUGUAAACGUUUCUCUUUACCUCAGACUUGUGCAAUGUUUAGGCUACGCCACAGUGCGUUUUUUAAAACCGUUGUUUUAUCAGGAUAUGCUGUAUGUCUCUGUCCAGCCAGCCGCUGCUGUGUGUACUGGAAAUACGGUAAACCCCAUUAGGGAACAUUAGUCAGAGUUGAAGACAUAUUUGGGCUGUUGGAUCAGAGUCUCUGCUGUGUCUGGCCUGUCUGGCCUGCUCUCUUAAAAUCAAAUCAAAUCAAAUGUAAUUUGUCACAUACACAUGUUUAGCUGAUGUUAUUGCGGGUGUAGCGAAAUGCUUGUGUUUCUAGCUCCAACAGUGCAGUAUAUCUAACAAUUCACCACAAUACACACAAUAUACACAAUCUAAAAGUAAAAGAAUGGAAUAUAUAAGGAAUAUAUAAAUAUUAGGAUGAGCAAUGUCGGAGUGGCAGACUAAAAUACAGUAGAAUUGAAUACAGUAUAUACAGUGAGGGGGAAAAAGUAUUUGAUCCCUGCUGAUUUUGUACGUUUGCCCACUGACAAAGACAUGAUCAGUCUAUAAUUUUAAUGGUAGGUUUAUUUGAACAGUGAGAGACAGAAUAACAACAACAAAAUCCAGAAAAACGCAUGUCAAAAAUGUUAUAAAUUGAUUUGCAUUUUAAGGUCAGACGUUUCUUGUAGUUGGCCCCCAGGUUUGCACACAUCUCAGGAGGGAUUUUGUCCCACUCCUCUUUGCAGAUCUUCUCCAAGUCAUUAAGGUUUCGAGCCUGACGUUUGGCAACUCGAACCUUCAGCUCCCUCCACAGAUUUUCUAUGGGAUUAAGGUCUGGAGACUGGCUAGGCCACUCCAGGACCUUAAUGUGCUUCUUCUUGAGCCACUCCUUUGUUGCCUUGGCCGUGUGUUUUGGGUCAUUGUCAUGCUGGAAUACCCAUCCACGACCCAUUUUCAAUGCCCUGGCUGAGGGAAGGAGGUCCUCACCCAAGAUUUGAUGGUACAUGGCCCCGUCCAUCAUCCCUUUGAUGCGGUGAAGUUGUCCUGUCCCCUUAAUAGAAAAACACCCCCAAAGCAUAAUGUUUCCACCUCCAUGUUUGACGGUGGGGAUGGUGUUCUUGGGGUCAUAGGCAGCAUUCCUCCUCCUCCAAACACGGCGAGUUGAGUUGAUGCCAAAGAGCUCGAUUUUGGUUUCAUCUGACCACAACACUUUCACCCAGUUCUCCUCUGAAUCAUUCAGAUGUUCAUUGGCAAACUUCAGACGGCCCUGUAUAUGUGCUUUCUUGAGCAGGGGGACCUUGCGAGCGCUGCAGGAUUUCAGUCCUUCACGGCGUAGUGUGUUACCAAUUGUUUUCUUGGUGACUUUGGUCCCAGCUGCCUUGAGAUCAUUGACAAGAUCCUCCCGUGUAGUUCUGGGCUGAUUCCUCACCAUUCUCAUGAUCAUUGCAACUCCACGAGGUGAGAUCUUGCAUGGAGCCCAGGCCGAGGGAGAUUGACAGUUAUUUUGUGUUUCUUCCAUUUGCGAAUAAUCGCACCAAGCUGCUUGGCGAUGGUCUUGUAGCCCUUUCCAGCUUUGUGUAAGUCUACAAUCUUGUCCCUGACAUCCUUGGAGAGCUCUUUGGUCUUGGCCAUGGUGGAGAGUUUGGAAUCUGAUUGAUUGAUUGCUUCUGUGGACAGGUGUCUUUUAUACAGGUAACAAACUGAGAUUAGGCGGCAGGUAGCUUAGUGGUUAGAGCGUUGUGCCAGUAACCGAACGGUCGCUGGUUCUAAUCCCCGAGCCCACUAGGUGAAAAAUCUGUCGAUGUGCCCUUGAGCAAGGCACUUAACCCUAAUUGCUCCUGUAAGUCGCUCUGGAUAAAAGCGUCUGCUAAAUGACCAAUUAUUAUUAAUUAUUAUUAGGAGCACUCCCUUUAAGAGUGUGCUCCUAAUCUCAGCUCGUUACCUGUAUAAAGAACCCUGGGAGCCAGAAAUCUUUCUGAUUGAGAGGGGGUCAAAUACUUAUUCCCUCAUUAAAUGCAAAUCAAUUUUAACAUUUUUGACGUGUUUUUCUGGAUUUUUUUGUUGUUAUUCUGUCUCUCACUGUUCAAAUAAACCUACCAUUAAAAUUAUAGACUGAUCAUUUCUUUGUCAGUGGGCAAACAUACAAAAUCAGCAGGGGAUCAAAUACUUUUUUCCCUCACUGUACAUAUGAGAUGAGUAAAGCAAAAAUAUGUAAACAUUAUUAGAGUGACUAGUGUUCCAUUUAUUAAAGUGGCCAGUGAUUUUAAAGUCUAUGUAUAUGGGGCAGCAGCCUCUAAGGUGCAGCGUUACGUAACCGGGUGGAAGCCGCCUAGUGAUGGCUAUAUAACAGUCUGAUGGCCUUGAGAUAGAAGCUGUUUUUCAGUCUCUCGGUUCAAGCUUUGAUGCACCUGUACUGACCUCGCCUUCUGGAUGAUAGCGGGGUGAACAGGCAGUGGCUCGGGUGGUUGUUGUCCUUGAUUAUAUUUUUGGCCUUCCAGUGCUGUAGGUGUCCUGGAGGGCAGGUAGUUUGCCCCUGGUGAUGCGUUGGGCAGACCGCACCACCCUCUGGAGAGCCCUGCGGUUGCGGGCGGUGCAGUUGCCAUACCAGGCGGUGAUACAGCCCAACAGGAUGCUCUCAAUUGUGUAUCUGUAAAAGUUUGAGGGUUUUAGGUGCCAAGCCAAAUUUCUUCAGCCUCCUGAGGUUGAAGAGCCGCUGUUGCGCCUUCUUCACCACACUGUCUGUGUGGGUGGACCAUUUAAGAUCGUCAGUGGUGUGUACGCCGAGGAACUUGAAGCUUUCCACCUGCUCCACAGCGGUCCCGUCGAUGUGGAUAGGGGGGUGCUCCCUCUGCUGUUGCCUGAAGUCCAAGAUCAGCUCCUUUGUUUUGUCGACGUUGAGGGAGAGGAUAUUUUCCUGGCACCACACUCCCAGGGCCUUCACCUCCUCUCUGUAGGCUGUCUCGUCAUUGUUGGUAAUCAGGCCUACUACUGUUGUGUCGUCUGCAAACUUGAUGAUUGAGUUGGAGGCGUGCGUGACCACACAGUCAUGGGUGAACAGGGAGUACAGUAGGGGGCUGAGCACGCACCCUUGUGUGGCCCCAGUGUUGAGGAUCAGCGAAAUGGAGGUGUUGUUUCCUACCUUCACAACCUGGGGGCGGCCCGUCAGGAAGUCCAGGACCCAGUUGCACAGGGCGGGGUUCAGACCCAGGGCCCCAAGCUUAAUGAUGAGCUUGGAGGGUACUAUGGUGUUGAAUGCUGAGCAAUAGUCAAUGAACAGAAUUCUUACAUAGGUAUUCCUCUUGUCCAGAUGGGAUAGGGCAGUGUGCAGUGCGAUGGCGAUUGCAUCGUCUGUGGAUCUAUUGGGGCGGUAAGCAAAUUGAAGUGGGUCUAGGGUGUCAGGUAAGGUCUUCCUCUGUUUCUCCACCCCAUUAUACCUCUCUCUCUCUCUCUGUGUUUCCCUCUAUCAUACCCCUCUCUCUCUCUCUCUAUCUCCACCCCUAUCAUACCCCUCUCUCUCUCUAUCUCCACCCCUAUCAUACCCCUCUCUCUCUCUCUAUCUCCACCCCUAUCAUACCCCUCUCUCUCUCUAUCUCCACCCCUAUCAUACCCCUCUCUCUUUCCUCCACAGAGGAUGAAGUCUCUGAGCCAUCGUCGACAGUCUGCUCCCUCUCUGGUAAUCAACAAAGCCCUGACCAGAUCCAGAACAUUCUCCAGGUAUGUUGGGGGACCAGGGACAUUUCUCAUAAACUAGGUGUAAAGGUCAAAUCCUAGCAAAAAAAAAAGACAACUCAACGUUUCCUACAAAUCUCCCAUCAAUAUCACACUCAGAGCUUGAGUUAAAAGUGGGUUUUCCAGUUAGGAUUCAGCUCUCACGGUAGAGCUCUCAAAGUUGCCUUGGGUUGUGAUGAUCAGAGAGGUCAAGGGUCACACUGGUUAAACAUGAGGAGACCGCUUGCGUGAGUUUGUGCAAGUGAGAGUGUAUGUGUGUGCAUGUGUGUUUUUGUACGUGUGUGUGUGUACGUGCGUACCCUGGUCAAACAUGAGGAGACAGCAGUGCACUCUUAGAAAAAAGGGUUCUUCGGUACUCACCAUAGGAGAACCCUUUUUGGUUCUGUGGAAAGGGUUCUACAUGGAACUCAAAAGGGUUCUUCAAAGGGUUAUCCUAUGGGGACAGCCGAAGAACCCUUUUAGGUCCUAGAUAGCAGCCUUUUUUCUAAGAGUGUGUGUUUGCAGUCUGAGUUAGCAGUCACAUCCCCUCCCAUCCUGGAUGUGUAUCAGGGUCAUUACUGCUUAGACGACCCCUGGGACUUUGAGCUGUGAUUUAGAGGUGUGGAAGGAGCUGAACCAAGUUUUUAAUCGAGUGAGAGUUGUGCCUACGUCUUCCAAAUACUCUGAGGUGUGAUAUCACAAUCUGCACCGCAGUACAGACGCUUAACAGGAAGGAGCUGAACAACUUCAUUACUAAGAGAGGAACAUAGUUUUUCCAUCUGUUUGUGUGUGUGCACAUAUAUGUCAAGGUGGUCGUGACGUUAAUGGUUCAAAUGACAUUGAUCUCCAGUUGUUUUUGUACACACACACACACACACACACAGAGUGCCUAGUCCUAGAGUGGUUCUCCUCUCAGGCAUCACUAAUCCUCUCAGAUAGCUAAUCCAUCCCAAUCAGGAUCGGGGAUCUAUUAAUAUCCUUGGCUUUGACCCCCAGUCCAGGGCAGUGAAUAACCAUGUUAAAGAGACACUGGAGGUGUGUUCAUCCUCCCUGGUAACUACUAGCCUAACUGACCCCUUUCACAGCAGGGACACAUUCCAUUUAAUUCUACCCUUCAAUCACAACCACAUAAUGUUGAUUCACUGAACUGAAGUUUCUGCAUACAUUUGUUCCCUUUUGUUAGGAUUGUUUCGGUUGUAUAAUUUGGGUAGGAAAAAAUAGAUGUAUUUAUUCUAGAAAAGUGUGUUUAGAUUGGAUCUAUACCUGAAAUUGUCUUCCCAGAGAGAGCUUCCUGGUUCCUGUGUGUCCAGAGACGUGCCCAUUGGUCCAGUCGUUCCUGUGUCCUGAUAGGGCGUUCCUCCUGCACAGCCACGUCACGCUGAAGACAGGACUGCAGACGCAGGACAGAGACUUCUUCCUCUUCACCGACAUCCUCAUCAUCGCCAAGGCCAAGUAAGAGCGAGGGAGGUGGAAGGUGGGAGAUAGAGGGGGUAAAGAGAGAGAAAGAGAAGGAGGAUGACAGAAGGGCAGUGAAUGACCAUGAAAGUGUGGGGGUAUGUGUGUGUGUCUCUGACAUCUGUUGUGUCAUCAUCCUCAGGUCUCCCACACACUUCAAGCUGAAGGCCCAGGUGUGUGUCGGUGAGAUGUGGACAGCCCAGUGUAUGGAGGAGGUGUGUGAGGGCAGCACCAACCCGGAGAAGAGCUUCGUCAUGGGCUGGCCCACCUGCAACUGUGUAGUCACCUUCAGGUACACAACAGACACUCUGGGUCUGCAAUCUGCACUGCAUAUUUCUGAGCAGUGAAGCAUUGCUUAUAUAUGCAGCAGGGGAGGCUGGUGGGAGGAGCUAUUAGAGGAUGGCUGGAAUGGAAUUAAUGGAACUUAAUCAAGCAGGGGAUUUCCAUAUGCUUGACGUGUUUGAUACAUUCCAUCUAUUCCAUUCCAGCCAUUACCACAAUGAGCCCGUCCUCCUAUAGCUCCUCCCACCAGCCUCCUCAGAUACAGUAUGACCUUCAUGGGUUGUAUAUAUUUCAACCUGGUACAUUUUUACAGGUGGUUCUAUAAGUUGCUGUAGAAAGUGUUUAGGUUCUUAUUUGAUAUGUUUAGGUGGCUUGUGCUGUUGACGUUGUUCUGACGUUUAUGGUUUAUCUUUACCAGCUCUGAGGUCCAGAAGGAGAGAUGGCUCUCCCUGCUCAAAAGGUGAGCAACAGAUAAGCCAUUAUGGUUUCUUCUACUGUAAACAUAUGUUGAUGUGAGUCCAGUAUGUGUUCUCCCUGUGGGCUAAAUCCUCACCUUCCUGUUUUUCCAGUCGAAUAAAAGAGGAGAAGGAAAAGGAUGAUCCUAAAACCAUUCCACUGAAGGUGUUUGGCAAAGGCAUCGGGAGUUGUGCUCAGGCCGUCAGUAAGACCUUGGCUGUCAGUAACUCUGAUUCUACCAAUGAGGUUGUCCGACUCGCUCUGCAGCAGUUUGGUGUCACGGUGUGUAUAGAAUUGAGCAAUACUGUUUUUUUGUGUCUUGUGCUGUUGUUAUCUUGACUAAUGUAGUUUUUGGAGUGUUUUUGUUUGUAAUCUUGUUUCUUAGAAUAUCUUUGUCUGUGUUCCAUAGAGCUGUGUGAAGGACUACCAGCUGUGGGUGAGCUCCAAGAGGGACAACGCCCCUUACCCUCUCAUUGGUGAGAUUCUAACACCAAGGUCUUGUCUAUUGGUUGAUUCCCUGGUGUGUUAGUUGAAUUAGGUGUUGAAUCAGGUGUGUUAGUGCUGGCCUGGAACUAAAUCCUACUGGAACCCCUGACCUCUGACCUUUACCCCCUGACCCUCUCCCAGGUCACGAGUUCCCUUUCAGUAUCCAGAUGAGUCAUGUGCGGGAGCCCCUGUCCCAGCCGGGCGGUAGGGACACAGUUCCGCCUCCAGACAGACAGAGGGCGAUGCACCGCGACCAGCUACAGGUGGACAAACAGUGCCAGUUCAUCCUCAAGACCCGACGCAGCUCCACAACAACAACGCCUGUGAUUGGUGAGGACUGAGGAGGCGCUUAAUGCACUAAUACUAGUCUAUAAAUGGUUUAUUAGUGGUCUAUUACUGGUCUGUUACUGAUAGUCGAGGAUUGGCUUUGGGGCUCGUUUUUGCUGUCACGCUUUCUCUUGCCACUCUAUUGCUUCCUCUUUCUCUCCUCUGUGCCCCACUGCAAAUGAUUUGAUCUCACUCUGUUGUGACCACGUCCUGUCUGACCUGACAUCUCUCUCCAGUAGACCCAGCUCAGAAGCCCUUCAAGCGAAGGCGUUCUCUCAUCAACUGGGCUUUCUGGAAAGGCUCCAAUCCUAACCUCCACAGUUCCUCCACAAACCUCUCCUCACCCGCCCCCGGCUACCUGUUCGGCCAAUCGCUGAGCACCAUCUGUUGGGACAACUCCCUGCCCAAGCCCGUCAUGGUGAAUGAUGUCGCAGUGAUAUCAGAAUGAUAUCAUCAGUGAUUUGAGGAAGUCGAUUGAAAAUUAAUCAAACUCUUAUCUGCAACCUCUGUCUGUCUCUCUGUCUGUCUCUCUAGGACAUGCUGGUGUUUCUGUACAAUGAGGGUCCGUUCACGCGGGGGAUAUUCCGACGGUCGGCGGGGGCGAGGGCGUGUCGUGACCUCAGGGACAGACUGGAUUCUGGGGCUCAGGAUGUCUCGCUGACACGGGAACACGUCUUCAUCAUUGCUGCUGUGUUCAAGGUACACGCUCUAAAACACGCUAGACAACUCCGAAGUCUGUGGCGGCAGAAUGACAUCAGUUAUACCAUUGUUAUGAUGUGUUAUGUAGGCCUAAUGGCAGACGGAGGGUUCAAGUGAAGUGGAACCAAAUGUACUUUCAUCACCUGAGAAAAACAGGUUUAACCUUUGCUUAGUAAAUCUGGUCACCUUGUAGGACCAUGGCAGAUGAAGCUGCGGCUGUCACAUUGAUGCUGUAGUGUUGAGGUUGUCCUCUUAAAUGUAGUCUUUGGGCAAGAAAAACACAAAAAUAACCGCAUUGAACUAUAUAACUGAUCAAUGCACCAUCAUACCAGGUCAUUUAAUGAUUUAAAAACAAAAACAUUUAUGAAUAAGAUAUUUGGCUACAGAAGUGCAAUUUCUUACCGAUUUCUACAGUGGCUACAGUUAGCUAAGGAACUAGCUACGUCGGUCGCGGCGCGAAUGACCAGAAUGACACAUCGAUGAACCACCAAAGGCACACCCCAUUUCUGUUUGAAAAUUGAGAAAGAGGCGGAGUUGGAAGGUUUUUCGUGCCCAAAGUCGACCUUUAAGCUAUGUGAAUGACUCGUGUCAGCGAAGGACAUUGUCCUUACUUGCCAAGUGUUACAUUACACCUGUGCACUUGUGGUGUGUUGUUGUCGUAGUGUGUGUGUGUGCCAGGUAAUUGACCUAUAUCUGAAAGAUAAUUAAUCUCAUCCAAUCCAAUUAUCGACUCUAUGGGUGACACACAUACGAGUCCAUAGCAACGCAGCACAGGCUGUACCAAAAACAAUAGCUAAGUAGAGAUAUGGUUGUCAAAUUUAAUCUGUAGCUCAUAAUCCGGUAAUCUGGUAGGGAUCCACUGAACAAAUCUGAAGACAUUAACAGUUACAUCUAAAAGUCUAUGACAACAAAUGAAGGUUUUCACCUAAAACUUCACCUCAAAACCUUCAAUUACAUUUUAUUGUUGUAUGUUUUUUCCUCUAUAAAUUGUCAGUCUAGUGACUCUGGUCUCUGUCUCAAUAUUCAGGACUUCCUGCGGAACAUUCCGGGCAGUCUGCUGUGUUCCGACCUCUAUGAACAGUGGAAGGAUGUGAUGGAGGAAGCAGAAUCAGAGGAGGCAGAGGAGGAGGAGCAGGCACGGGAUAUAACGAGGUAACACACUCACACAGACAGACACUUUCCAUCCUCACCUGAAUCGGCAGUAGGCUACUGGGAUAAGUGUCGUAAUAGGCUGAGUAAUGAAUCAGGUGACUUAGUUAUGAAAGAGAAACUCCUCUAGAUAGUUAAUACAGAGUGCCAGGAACCACUGCUUCCCUCAGCUCCGUGUUCUAAUCAUAGAGAUAGUUUUAUCUCAAUGGUUCAGCUAGCUUUUCAGCUAGCUGCUCUAAACAGGCAGAGCCCAGGGUUAGGGAACUGAAGAGAAGGACUGGACAGCUUCAGUACGACUGUAGGCCGCUUUAAAGUAGGAAAAUAUCGGGCAAACUGAAUAUUCCUCCUGGGCAUUUAGUUGGUAUCAACUAUUUGUUAUCGAUUCGUUCCACCCAGUCACAAGGGAGCCGCAUGAGAGAGAGAGAGAGAGAGAGAGAGAGAGAACUAGGUUGUGACCUUUAGUCAAAGUAGAGAGCGAGUGAGCUGUUAUGUUAGCAUUCAUUUCUGGGACAGAAAGCGGAGUCCAUGUUCAGCUGGAGGUAGAGGUUGCCCUUUAAGACAGAUCUAGGAUCAGAUUACCACGUUACCUUAGCCCUAAUCCUAAUCAAAACCAUCAGGCUAAUGAGAAACAUCUGACCAUGUGUCAGUCAUUUAGGGGCAGCUUGUACCUACACGUACACAAAUCAAAUCAAGUUGUAUUGUUUGUAUUUCGUUGUAUUUUAAAUUUGUGUGACUGUCCUUGUCCAUCAGUGUUUUUCUACGUGUCAUGUGUUGUGUUGUUUGUAAACCCCAGGAAGAGUAGCUGCUGCUUCUGCAAAAGCUAAUGGGGAUCUGAAUAAACAAACCAGCGUCUGGAGUUAUUCCUGUCAGGGAAAACUCAAGGCCCUGUUCAUACUGUAAAUAAUACACAUUUUGAUAACCAAUAAUAAACGUUGACCCAUCUGUGACUCUCCUUCGCUGCAGGCUGAUUGGUCUACUGCCCAAAGAGAACGCCCUGCUGCUACGCUACGUGGUCGCCAUGCUGAACAGUAUACAGGAAAACGCCCAUGACAACCAGAUGAAUGCCUUCAACCUAUCUGUGUGCAUUGCUCCCAGCAUGCUCUGGGCUCCGGGCCCCAGCAGCCCCGAGGUGGAGGGGGAGGGCGCCAAGAAGGUGAGGGGACGACUGGAGGGGUAAUACACAUAAGCACUUUCCCCUUGAUCCCUAACCUUUGUUUGACCUAUAACCCUUAGCCUUUAACCCCAACAUCAACCCUUACCUAAACACAAACAAUUUGACCCCUAACCUUUACCUAGGCUAGGCUCCACUUCAGCCUUUAUCCUGUAACCUAGUGAACAGUCACUCAACAACACUGGAAAACCAAAGUAGAGUAACAGUUAACAGUAAUGAGAUAGUUAACAUGUAGCUGGAAACAUAACAGUAAUGAGACUGUUAACAUGUAGCUGGAACCAUAACAGUAAUGAGACUGUUAACAUGUAGCUGGAACCAUAACAGUAAUGAGACUGUUAACAUGUAGCUGGAAACAUAACAGUAAUGUGACAGUUAACAUGUAGCUGGAAACAUAACAGUAAUGAGACUGUGGGUUGGUAACAUGUAGCUGGAAACUUAACAGGGACUCGCUGGGAAAUAUGCAAAGCAUUUCCUUCAGCCUGCAGGGUCAGCACUCUUCUCACACUCGUCUUGCGACGUGAACAGACACACACACACUACCCCUUCCCUCGUUGUGGGUGUAGCAGUUAAUUCUAUGGCUAACAGAUUUGUCUGACUGCUCAGCUCACAGAAAUGUAACAUUGCAAAAAUGUAUUAUGCAACAAAGUCUUAGGUUACAAGUAAGUUCAUGUGUUCCAUAGCCAGUUCAACAGCCCCUAGAAGCUUAUCUCGCGCACUGAGACUGAAAAUACAGACAGAGCAACAUCAAUGUAACCAUCAGAGCCAUUUUGGUGCUGCAUUUGUGUCAGUUCAUCACCAUAUCAACGAAAUGUCUAACGUACUCGGAAUAGAUUGUUCUUUCUCUGAGAAGGUUAUCUGGUAAAUUCCCACCACUUUCGUCACUCCUGCGUUACUGUUUCAUACAGUUAGAAAGCUGUGUUACUGUUUCAUAAAGUUAGAAAGCUGUGAAGGCCUUUGUCCUAAGAAUAGACUCACUUCUCUAUCUUGGAGACUGAUUUCGCAACUUCUCACGAGAAAAACACGGUGUCUUAAAUUAUAGUUAUUUGUUUAACUCAAGGCCUAGUAAAAAGAUACAUAGAGCUCAGAAUCUGUAGUAGUUCCUCCAGGUUAAAGACCUGUUCCCUUGUCCUGUCCCUAGGUGUGUGACCUGGUGAGGUAUAUGAUAGAACACUGCCAGGAGGUCCUGGGAGAGGAUGUCACCUCUCUGUUUGGAGGUCUACCCCGGAAACGCGCCGAAUCGGGUAUCUCACACACCCUAACAUCUCUGUUUAUGCAAAGAUUCCCCUGCUCAAAAGCACACACCAUCUAAUGUUCUCCUCUUUCUCUCUCUGUCCCCCUCUAUCUCUCUCUUUCGCCUUCUCUCACUCUCUCCACAGACAUGUCUUCCUUCCACCUGACCGACUCGUCUUAUGACAGCCUGGAGAACAUGCUGAAUGAUGACAGCAGUGAGUCUCCAGGCCUCCACACCUCACGGCGGCGCUGGAGAGCCAAACCCCUGCAGGGCAGCCUGGACUCUGUCCUCACCCUGAGCGACUGCGACCUGGACCAACCCGACCUGGACACAGACCCCGACACCACAGACCCCCAAUCUGGCAACCACCACCACCGCGAUACGAUCACACAAUCUGGAUCUGGCAACAUCCUCCAGCCCUCAACCCCAUCCCUAGGCAGGACCAGGAAACUCAGCCCAGCUGCGACCCCCUCCUCCUGUCCCAGCCCCCCAGCCCCUCGGAGGGGGGGGAGGAGGUGCUCAGAGCCGGCCAUAGGGUACUCUGUGGCCAGCUUCGUGGAGCGACUGGCAGGGAACGCAGACAGGCUGGGCAGCAUUGAUGGGGAGAUGUUUCACAGCUUACGGAAGGAUGGACAGACACAGACACGUGAACCCACACACACAGGGGAGUGGAAUAGCAGUAAGGCUGCAUGUGAGGGUUCGGGGUCACAAGGUGCACAGACACGAAGCCGGGACGCGAUCUACUCCAGUCUCUCUUCGCCACCCACCUCCCCCACCCCCACACGCUCUUCCAUGGACUCCCUGGACAACCUCUUCUCCCACUCCAGCAUCCAGUCCGCUCCAUUCUGGCAACCCAGGGCGGGGACCAACGCCGCAAGAUUGACUCCCUCCCCUGCUCCUUCUGGUCCUCCUGUCCCUCUAACCCCCAUAUCUUCCUCUACUUCCACCCAUAGUCUACCCAUCCCCACCCCCAGCCCAGCUCCAGGCCAAGGGCUCAGUCCCAAUAUCUCUCCGCCGAAGGAGAUCCCUUCCUGGGGUACACUGAAGGCCAGCAGGGGGCUCCAUCCCAACACCUGGUUGAAGAGAGGCCGCAGACUGUCCCUAUCGCAGCAGGAUGAUGAGGGGGGUGUGGUGAGUUCAGUUACAUGUGGUUGUUGUCGUUGUUUAUUAGUACUGUUCAUUCAUGGAAUAUCUCUCUCUCUCACACAGACUCAUACUUUCUCUUUCACUAUCUCUGUAGGUGGCCUCCACUAACAAGACUCUCCCCUCUAGCAAGUCAUGUCAGGAUAAAGGAGGGCUGAAACAGUUGUCUGAGGACCCCCCCAAUUCCAGCAUGACCAGCUGCCCCCCAAAGGCAGGAGGGGUGCAGGAUCGGGGCAGGGUGACCAAGGACCGAAGAUCCAGUCAAGGCUCGGUGAGCCCACCAUCGCACCAGAGGUCCCAGGGGCAUUUCCACUACUGCUGCUCUCCCUGUUACCAACCCACAGACAGACCCCUCACUGUCAAAGAGCUGAGAGAGAUACACAGCCGGGCCUGCGCAGCGAGCAACACAGGAUAUGAUGUCACAAAACAAGGCAGCCGUAACCCUCCUCAACAUGUGUUCUUCGGGCAGGGUGGACCCAGCUUGUCCCUAGCCAGGCAGAAGUCCUACUCCCUAGCCCCAGGCAUGGAGGGUCUCUCCGGGGGCAGGUGUUCCCAGCGCCGGAGCUCCGAGCCUGGGACAGCACAUCUAGGCGAAGCCCUGGUUCUGGAUAAGACCUCACACCCGGAGAGGCUUCACAGAGAGGCCAAACUGGGUCAGAGGUCAAAGUCAGUGGACGGGUCCCAAGACCUGGGGUUGAAGGUGUCCGACACGGACCGAAGUGGGGAUCCCAGGUUCUGCCUGUCUCCCUCCGCCACCAAGGCUGUGAGGGACUAUUUCUCGUCUCACACGUGCAGCAAUCCCAAUAGUGGUCAACAGGUGGCGCUAGCCCUGAUUCAGGGGCAGAGGGAGAGGCUCAGGAGGUGUAGUGAUCCCAUGCUGGAGCCUGACUUUGACCAACUGCUCUUUGCUGAAGAGUCCUACGUGUGAGACCAUCACUGGUUGUGAACAGUCACUCUAAUGCUUCUACAUACGGCUGUGAAUGUACAGAUGCAGUCAUUUAGGACCAUAAGAACCAAAACAUAGUGCUUAUAAGAAUUAUAUUAUAUUAUUAUAAGAAUCACGGAUAUAACAACCUUCUGCUUAUUGUGGACAAACAUUCCUAUACUUACAAUGCACUUUGCUUUUUAGAAUCAAGUGGUAUAUUCUUAUAGAUUCUCCUAAAAGCGCUCACUGAAAUGAAUGUAUUAUGCAAGGGAAGAGUAGUUUCAGAUUAUGUAAUGUGUUGUUUUAGAUCGCAGAAGUGAACAAAUGUACUUUAGGAAUCAGGCUAUUUGGUUGGAUUACAUGUAAGAUUAUUCACAGGGACCCUUGCAGUGGACUGCCUAUGAUCAGUGUAUGAUUUCUAAAUCGUUUACUGCUAAACAAAAAUUCCUUACUAAACCUUGUCAUAUUUAUGCAAGGCUGUGAUUUUGCAUUUACAGUAUUUUGUAAAUAACAAAAACAAUCUUGAGCCAUUUAAUCAAUGUUGAUAAUGAUAAAGCAAGCGCUUUAAACUUACAGUUGUAGAGUUUUCUCAAAAGAUUUCUAAAACUCUGUAUUUCAAUCUAUACUGUGCAUUCGGAAAGAAUUCAGACC